AUGCAAGUUUGCGCUUGCACUGUUGCAGUUGUUGCUGCGAUCGCUGUUAAGGCCGUGUCUGCGAUUGCUUUUAAGGACGUGUCUGCGACUGCUGAGGCCGUGUCUGCAUCGUCCCAAUUCCACUUGAGUCUUGUGCAAAAGGAAGAGAAUGGCAAGAUGAAUUUCAUGUUGGACUGGAUCACGUCAUCGACUGUGACAUCGUCUCGGCUUAUGUAUGGCACUUCUGCAAGCGACCUCGUUUAUAAAGUGGAUGGUAAAAAUGCAGGUCUCGUGACUGAGACGGCAGGGGAGACGGUGACUUGUUGGUCAGCUUUGUUGGUCAAUCUAGAAGAAGGCUCGACGAUCUACUACGCCCUAGAGUCUGACGUCAUGCAACAGACCAGCAGCUCUGAGGAAAGCAGGACAUUUAACUUUAAAGUCCCGGAUAGAGGGAUCACGUGGGCGGUGUUUGGUGACAUGGCAGCUCCCGUGCAGGGUCAAGCUGCUGCAGUGUCACUGCCGGCAUUGAAGAAUGCGUUGUCAGUAGAUAAAGCUUACAGUGGAGUGCUGAAUAUCGGUGACCUGUCUUAUGAGCUCACGGGCUCAAACGGAAAGAACUACAUGGAGGAGCUCGAGUCAAUCACUUCACAUGUGCCAAUGAUGACAACCGUCGGCAAUCAUGAAUACCAGUAUGGGUUGUUACCUUCACUGGCCCUUCAGAACUACUACCGGCGAUUCCAAGGAAUCACAUGGGGUGCCGGUGCUGCUAGUGGCUCAUCAUCGAACGAGUUCUAUAGCUUCUCAUCUGGGCUCAUCCAUUUUGUGUUUAUCAACACGGAAGUGUACGGCGACGAGGCUUACGUGGCGUUGCAAAAUGAUGGCGUGACUUGGAAAGUGGAUGAAGCCGCACGGAUAUCUGCCGGAGCGGCACAAGCAAAGUGGUUAGAGUACGAUCUGAGUCGUGUGAAGCGCACGGAGACACCGUACGUCGUGGUUUGUGGUCAUCGCCCACCAUUUAAGACACCAAAAGGUUUAAGUGAGACGGGAAAUCGUUUUGCGAAGGAGAUUGUGCCUUUAAUGAGCAAGUACCAGGUCGACUUGUAUCUCGCGGGCCACGAGCACACAUACUUGAUGUUUGAGGCGUCUACGUUCAACAACUACAACAUUCCUCCGAUCAUCAUUAGUGGCAGUCCAGGCAACAACGAGUACAUCCGUGAGGAAGCCACACUUGCCAUUACUGGAUUCAAGUGGAAGACAUUGAUCCCUAAAUACGGCUAUGGCUACCUGACGGCGACGGAGGACGCUCUGCAGUGGCGGUGGGGCUCUGCUGCGUCAGACGCGACAAACAAGCCUUCUAGUGCAGCUUGGGAAUUGCAGGAUGAAGUGAGUUUUCCGAAGCAGACAUUCUCGGGCACGUAUACUGCUGCAGGCUCUGCUGUAAGUGAGCCGAUCAACGUGGCUGAUAAGUGGGCAAGUACGACAUCAGAUAGUGGGAUCAAAACAGGAAGCGUCGGUCGUAGUAGUGCUCAAAAGGAUAGCACUACAAGCGUUGCUUUGGAUUCUUCAAAUGAGCCAAGGUCGUCUACCACGACUACAUCUUUUGCAACUUCGCUUCAUAUGCAGCAGGCAGUCUAUGGCGCUGCUGCUGGCUUUUUAGUUGUGGCAAUUGGAUUUUAG